AUGAUCCUCUUCGAAACCAGCACUUCGGUGUUUGAACUGCUGUGGGAUAUUGCGCUGGCGCUGUUCAUCAUCCGCCUUUCCUUCUUCUACUUCGCGCUCUCGUUCUCUUCCGGGCUCUUAAUAACAUACUUCCGCCUCGCACGCUUACAGCCCAUAAACCACCUCACGCAACCGCAGUCCGAACUCAUCACGCUACCCCUCUUCCUACUCGUAAACACGCUCUGGGCGCGCUUUAUAGUCGUGAAUUAUGAGGUCCCGCGUGUUGGAGGGUUCAGGUUAGCGAUUGGAAUUUUAGCAUUGGGCUUUAUGUUGGUGGCGGAGUUGGCAGGUGGGAUUUUCAUGUAUGAGAAAGGCUGGAGCGAAUGGAUCUGGGAGACGGAUUACGUGGUUGGUGGGUUGGGAGCAGGAGUACUGUUAAUGUUUGGCUUGAUGCCGUUUUUGCUGAUGGGCGUUGAGGAAAUGACGGAUGAGAUGGGGGAGACGUAUCAUGGGCAUGAGAAUAAGCCAAUUGUUGCUGCUGUACCGACGGUUGCUGUGAGUGAGAAGGAGUUCGCGAAUGGCAAGAAGACGCAAUGA